AUGGCUCUUGCUCCCAAGUUUGCCGGACAGGCUCUUUCAGGUAGCCUCGGGUCCAAUCACACCCUGGAACUAUUCCUUGACUACGUGUGUCCCUUCAGUAAGAAGCAGUUUGACACUUUCUAUCGCGAUGUCGCUCCCAUCAUUGAGCAAAAGUACUCCAACAACCUGCGAGUCAUCUUCCGCCAGCAGAUCCAGCCAUGGCACCCCUCGUCCACGCUGGUCCACGAAGCAGCUGUUGCAGUCCUGAGAACCGAUCCUUCCAAGUUCUGGCCAUUCUCCGCUGCUCUUUUCGACAAGCAGACCGACUACUUCGACGUCAACGUCGUCAAUGAGACCAGAAAUCAGACUUACAAGCGCCUCGCCAAGCUUGCUGCUGCUGUCGGUCUGGACGAGAGCAAGAUCUAUAACCAACUCGAGAUUUCCGACAAGCCUGGUCCGGAUGGAAGUUUGAACUCGGGCAAUCAGGUGACUAACGAUCUCAAAUUGCUCAUCAAGGCUGGUCGCUUGGUUGGUGUCCACGUCUCGCCCACCGUUAUGUUCAAUGUAGGCACUCAACAGCAUUAUGACGAGGAUGCAUAUACUGAUAUCCAUCGUAGNGGCCUCAACGAGCCAAGCAUCUCUAGCAGCUUCACAAAGAAGGAUUGGGAGGAGUGGCUUCAGAAGAAUGUCGUCUGA